AACGGAACCAUGUCCGAUCGGAAUUCGCAAUGAUGUCGGAAACCUAACUGCGAUACUUGUUGUUUACUUCUUUUAUAGUUGUUUUGUUCCUGCUAUCUCAUGGGCAUUUUCAUUCUGUCCCAUUUGAUCUCAACCGAUUAUCUGUUGGCUAAAUCGUAAGGUUCUAUAUUCAGCACAAAUUGGGACACUUUCAAGUCCAAUAUUCCAGUUGAUACAAACAAAAAAAUUUCCGAUUUACCAUAAUGGUUGGAGAGACACCCCACAACCGCGUCUUCAAUCAUGUCGCGGUGUCAGUCUCUGACAUCCAGGCGACAGUCAACUGGUACUCGCGCGUGUUUGGAUUCAAGCUCCUCGGCAAGGUUUCGCACAUAAAACGCUCUGAAACCCCAGAUGCCGCUAUCUUCGGCAUCUAUCCCUCAACCAUGAAUGAAGUGAAGCUGGCCUAUAUGGCAACCGGUAACGGUGUCGGAUUUGAGAUUUUCGAAUUCGUUGACCCGAAGCCUCAGCACGUGGAUGUUUUCCAAUAUGAGCGCAAGGGCUUUUUCCAUAUCUGUGUGACGGAUCCAAACCCGGAUGAAUUGGCGGACAAAGUUGAAGCUGCUGGUGGGAAAAGAAUUGGGAAGACUGUUGAUCCUUCUGGGAAUGGCGAUACCAAGUGUCUCUACUUGUCUGAUCCGUGGGGUAAUGUUGUAGAAGUUCUUAGUGUGAGUUUUGAGUGGCUGGGCUGUCGGACCGCUUACUGAAUUGUAUAUACUUCUUACUAUAAAUUACCGGAGUCUAAGCAUAGACUCACAUACC